UUGCAGAGCCGGGAGGCCGGGGUUAUGGAUUUUAACCUUCUGACGGACAGUGAAGCCCGAAGCCCGGCGCUAUCGCUCUCCGACUCCGGGACGCCGCAACAUGAUCAGGGAUGCAAAGGCCAAGACAACAGCGGUUAGUUUCCACGUUUACCAUGCAUAUGCAUUUAAGGAGUGUUUGACCGAGUAAAUGUCCUCAGACUGAAAUUGCAUGUAGGCCUACCAAUCACACAAUUUUAUAAUAAUAAUAAUAGGCCUAAUAAUAAUAGCCUAAUAUAAUAAUAAUACGAUUAAUAAGAUUAAUCAUAAUCAUAAAUACAAUAUCACGAUGCUUUUCUAAAAUUGUUUAUACCUUGCAAUUCCUAUUAUUAUUGUAGCCAAUAGUGUGCGUAAUUAUAUAUGGAUAUCAAUUUAAUCAUAUUAAUUGGCUUGCUUCUUAGGCGACUGUUGCCAAAUUCUUAAUUUCUUAACUUGAAAGCCAAUAUUAAUCGAAUCCAAAUGUGUUAUUUUGUACAGCGCAUAGCAGCCUAUAUGAUUUACAUUAGAUACUUGUCCUAUUCCUUCAUGAACUCAAAUUGCAAGUUCAUUCUUCACGCUUGUCUUAUAUAAAGCAAGGGUUAUUAACUGCGAGACUUUAAUGGAAGCUACUGUAAACAUCUGGCAUGAACCCCUUGCGCGUUGGCGGAGAAGCAGCUUUUUGGCAUGUUGUCUUGUGCGUGUAUUUGCACACUGAUAUUUUAAUCACUCUCAAUUGAAACCUAAAAAAUAAGCUAAAACACAUAAUGAACGGAAAAUAGCCUAAAGUCAUAGACAUACAAGAAUAUCCUGAGCAACUAUUGCUCAGGCUUGAAAGCUAAAUGUCUGCCUCUGCAUUUCAACAGUCUGCAUGUCACUUUAUAACAAAUUAUGCCAGAGAAAAAGCAAAUAGUUGUGAUACCCGUGCGGUCUAAUAGAUGACAUCUCUGUGGAUCCAGCGUCUGCAACAGACCCCAUAAAGUGUGACUAAUGUAAACUUACUCCGAAAUGGACGGUCCUGAGUGAGUGCAGGGAUUUAGGAGAACGCCUAAAUGUGAACCACGGAUUACGCACUAUAACCUAGCAUCAACAUAAUGAGGCAAAGAGGCCAAAUAUCAAGAGACAAUAUUUCCAAUGUAGCCUACUUGUUUUGUUCACUGACUAUGGAAUGUUUAUUCUAGAAAAGGUUUAGCUAGUUGAAAUUAUAUAUAGAAAAAUAAACAAGCAGUUCAUUCAUUGUUCAUUUGUGUGAUAUUGGAUAUUGUUAGAAAGGUCAACCAAUUAGUUUGUUUUUCAAUGUCCACUUAAAUGGUUAUUUGUUCAGUGUAUAUAUAUUUAUUAAAUAAACUGCAUCCCCAUGAUGGCAGACACCUGGGCAUCACCUCUGAAAUACAAUAUCCACUUAAUACAGAAAUGUUAUACAUACUUAAAUUAAAUUAGGCCUUAUUAAAUGACAAAUGUCACAUCGGCAAUAGCACACUCAAGUGGCAUCUCUGAAGUUUCAAAAUGAGUGAAACCGUCUAUAAAUGACACACAUACUGUAUAUAUACAGAGGUUUGGCUAUAGUAGGCUUAUUUUAUUCAGCCCACUUUUAUUAAUAAACAACCUGGGAAUGUAUCAUGUGUUUCAGAAAAUGUCAGAAAAUGUCAGAAAAUGUAUGCAUGUAUUUCAAAGCAUGUGUGCAUGCAUUUGGAUAUAUAGACACAGUAUGCUGCUACCUUGGUGCUUUUCCGCCUGUCCAAGGGGUCAAGCAUAUAAAUUCAGAUUUAAUUGCCAAACAACUGAGUCUGCUGUGGGGUUGGCGCUAAUAAAUCCACCCCCAACAGGGCUUCAGACAUUCUAGUGCUGAGAAUAUGUCAGCCUGUCAGGCUGAAACAACUUUCAAAGAAAUGUGAUGAGUGGAAAGGGUGCUUGUAUAUAUGCUCCUCAAUAAUGCUAAUUUACUGUAAAGCCCUUUACCCAUGCAUUUAUAAUCUUGUUGCUCUAAAACUCUCUAUUAGUUUUCAUCAUCAUGUUUAUGGUCGCUUUAAAAUGUGUCAGUGUUAGACAGACAUGUUGUUCCAGUGGUUAAUGGAUACAGGACAUUGCUUCUCCAACUGACUCUCAAAAAUCUCAUCAGUUGUGCAAGUGAUGGUGAGGACCGACUAUUAUUUGGUUGGUUUGUUUGUUUGCUGGCUGAUUGACUGGCAGUUUGACCAAAUAAGUUGCUGUUACAAAAGCAGCAAGGGUGUAUUUUCCAGACAUAUGCGUUCUUCUAUACAUUUGUACACCAUGAAUAUAUAUUAGCCCAUGCACUGUAGGUGUGCGUAGUGUAGCCAAUUGAUUUAUAUACCCUUGACAAUGUAUUUCACAUGGAAAACAAAACAGCUAUUCAUAUUCAUUGUAUUUGCGUUAUGUCAGUGAGUAAAGUAUAUACCAGCGAUACUAUAUAUUCUAUUUGGAGAUCAAGAACAACAUAAUCCGUAAUCAGAAAACGCUAAAUGACUUGACUUGAAUUGACUCCCAUCAGUGAGAUUGCUUUAUAGUAGGUUUUCAAGAUCUGCCCUCUUUUCUGUAUUGUGACAUUGGAGGGAAAAUGGUUUUUGGCCAAAUGAUGGCUAAACCAGUGUCAGUUUACUGGUAGAUAACAGCAAUGGCCUGGGCCUAUUGGUUUUCCCGGUGGCCCUGUGGAGUCUUUUAAACCCUGCUAACUAUUUCUAACUGUUCCCAGAGAGCUAAGUCCUUGCCAAACAGUCCCAAACCUGCCCCAUCACAAAAGCCUGAUCCCUGGGAUUAGGUAGCCAACUAAUUUCACUCUUUCUGUGGGGUCCUCAAACUGCGGAACUCAGAUGAAGAGAGAAAGGAUCUUGGGCAGACAUAACAUGUCUGUUUGGUUCUGGUGUUAGUGCCAGGCUGGUUUCACUGCCAAUUUUAAGUAUUGAUUCAUUUUUGACAACUCUGAAAAGAGGAUACAUAAAUGCAGUUCAUGAAUCUUGUAAUAUUCCAAACAGAACUGCAAAAGUCUAAGGUGGAAACCGUUAACAAUUUGCCAUAUUAUUUGAAAAAUAUAUCAAUAAAUACUUUUUCAAAUAGCAUGGGAAAGUAUGUCCAUUAAAUUCAUUAAUUUCAAAUAAAAGAGCACACCUGGUAACAUGACAGUCUAAAUGAGUCACAGACUAUUGCUUUGGAGAAAACGGUGAAAAGUGUGAUCACUUUUCAAUGGAAAGACACUUCACUCUGUAGAGAUGAUUACUGCUCUUGUGCAAGACUUGACAAUUGGAUGGGAAUGGAAAUAUGCCUGUCAUUUAAAUUGAGUUAAAGUUGUAAGUGCUUUCUCUACUUUUUUCCAUGCUUUAAUCAUUUAUCCUACUAGAGUCGAUAUCCAUGCCCCGCGGAAAUCUAAUUAGCAUAGUGAAAAAAUCCUCAUCAAAAUCUGUCUGUUUAAGAUAGAGAUAUCUGUUUUCUUUGCAUGGGCUGCAUCUCAAUCCACCACAUCCGCCAAUGGCGGCCUUCAACAUCUGCGGUGGAGGUGGCCGAGCUACAGAGGUGUUUGUCAGACCAUGAGACUUUCCGAUAAUCGGUCUUUUCAUGAAAACGUCUGUAGCGUCCGAACGGUUUGACCUACAAACUAAUAUGACCACUCUAUGAAAAUAUUAGACUCUCACGAACACAAUGGUGUUCUCCGUUUUGCUACUGGCCCCACAAGUGUCACGGGACAUGUCUGAAGUUGGUACCGCCAAUCUGCCAACUUCUGUCUGUAGUGUCCGAACAGUUUGGGCUACACACUAAUACUGAAUGACCCCUCUAUGGAAAGGUGAGACUCUCGCGGACAUGUACAUGUUUUGCUCUAGGACACCCACAAGCCUCACAAGCCUUCGUCUGUACUGCAGGUAUAUAUGGAAGUACACUGCUCAAAAAAAUAAAGGGAACACUUAAACAGCACAAUGUAACUCCAAGUCAAUCACACUUCUGUGAAAUCAAACUGUCCACUUAGGAAGCAACACUGAUUGACAAUAAAUGUCACAUGCUGUUGUGCAAAUGGAAUAGACAACAGGUGGAAAUUAUAGGCAAUUAGCAAGACACCCCCAAUAAAGGACUGGUUUUGCAGGUGGUGACCACAGACCACUUCUCAGUUCCUAUGCUUCCUGGCUGAUGUUUUGGUCACUUUUGAAUGCUGGCGGUGCUUUCACUCUAGUGGUAGCAUGAGACGGAGUCUACAACCCACACAAGUGGCUCAGGUAGUGCAGCUCAUCCAGGAUGGCACAUCAAUGCGAGCUGUGGCAAGAAGGUUUGCUGUGUCUGUCAGCAUAGUGUCCAGAGCAUGGAGGCACUACCAGGAGACAGGCCAGUACAUCAGGAGACGUGGAGGAGGCCGUAGGAGGGCAACAACCCAGCAGCAGGACCGCUACCUCCGCCUUUGUGCAAGGAGGAGCAGGAGGAGCACUGCCAGAGCCCUGCAAAAUGACCUCCAGUAGGCCACAAAUGUGCAUGUGUCUGCUCAAAUGGUCAGAAACAGACUCCAUGAGGGUGGUAUGAGGGCCCGACGUCCCCAGGUGGGGUUUGUGCUUACUGCCCAACACCAUGCAGGACGUUUGGCAUUUGCCAGAGAACACCAAGAUUGGCAAAUUCGCCACUGGUGCCCUGUGCUCUUCACAGAUGAAAGCAGGUUCACACUGAGCACGUGACAGACAUGACAGAGUCUGGAGACGCCGUGGAGAACGUUCUGCUGCCUGCAACAUCCUCCAGCAUGACCGGUUUGGCGGUGGGUCAGUCAUGGUGUGGGGUGGCAUUUCUUUGGAGGGCCGCACAGCCCUCCAUGUGCUCGCCAGAGGUAGCCUGACUGCCAUUAGGUACCGAGAUGAGAUCCUCAGAUCCCUUGUGAGACCAUAUGCUGGUGCGGUUGGCCCUGGGUUCCUCCUAAUGCAAGACAAUGCUAGACCUCAUGUGGCUGGAGUGUGUCAGCAGUUCCUGCAAGAGGAAGGCAUUGAUGCUAUGGACUGGCCCACCCGUUCCCCAGACCUGAAUCCAAUUGAGCACAUCUGGGACAUCAUGUCUCGCUCCAUCCACCAACGCCACGUUGCACCACAGACUGUCCAGGAGUUGGUGGAUGCUUUAGUCCAGGUCUGGGAGGAGAUCCCUCAGGAGACCAUCCGCCACCUCAUCAGGAGCAUGCCCAGGCGUUGUAGGGAGGUCAUACAGGCACGUGGAGGCCACACACACUACUGAGCCUCAUUUUGACUUGUUUUAAGGACAUUACAUCAAAGUUGGAUCAGCCUGUAGUGUGGUUUUCCACUUUAAUUUUGAGGGUGACUCCAAAUCCAGACCUCCAUGGGUUGAUACAUUUGAUUUCCAUUGAUAAUUUUUAUGUGAUUUUGUUGUCAGCACAUUCAACUAUGUAAAGAAAAAAGUAUUUCAUAAGAUUAUUUCAUUCAUUCAGGUCUAGGAUGUGUUAUUUUAGUGUUCCCUUAAUUUUUUUGAGCAGUGUAGUUUAGUGCCAUUUUAAGAGCGUUGUGCCAGUAACCGAAAGGUCGCUGGUUCUAAUCCCCGAGCAGACUAGGUGAAAAAUCUGUCGAUGUGCCCUUGAGCAAGGCACUUAACCCUAAUUGCUCCUGUCAGUCGCUCUGGAUAAGAGCGUCUGCUAAAUGACUAAUUAUUUAUAUCUCUCAGAUAUAGGACAGGCACUUUAAAACAAACUUCCAUUUGAUAUAUUUUUGGUCUAUCUGUUUUUACAUGUAUGAAUCUGUUAUUCAAUGCUUUUCUAUGGGCUAAUAGCAGUAAGGCCAAAUUCAAUGUUUCAUCCAAUAAUUAGUUUAAAAAUUUUUUUUACACCAAAAGGGAUCCUAAAAUAAAAAAUCAAAUAGCUAAAUGAUCCUUGGUAUGACCAUCUUAAAACAAUUCCAUAUUUUAGCUUAGUAGAAAAUGUAUUGGGCUUUUUUUUGUAGUGAUUGUAACUCUCCAUCCUUGUUGUUGCCUCCCAGACACAGAGAAGACCCACCAGAACCAAACAGAUGAGUCGAACGCAGAGGACGGCUCUCUGAAGAAGAAGCAGCGCAGGCAGAGGACCCACUUCACCAGCCAGCAGCUCCAGGAGCUGGAGGCCACCUUUCAGAGGAACCGCUACCCCGACAUGAGCACACGGGAGGAGAUCGCCGUGUGGACCAACCUCACAGAGGCACGGGUUAGGGUGAGUCCCCCACAUAAUCACUACUGAGACAAUACUGAACCAGUGGUUCCUCAUUUGUUAGUAUUUCCCCAUUACAUAAAAAAUGGGAAAAAGGUGCCAAUCAGUCUGAAUGGAAUCCAAACCCACUUUCUUUAGGAUUUAACAUUUGGACUUUUACCUCUUGGUGUACCUAAUAGUCAGUGUCUUUGACACAUGGGUUGUUUUGUACUCUAGCUAUGUCAUUCAACAAAACGUUUGUGGGAGUCAAACAUAUUAUUUCAACAUAAUUCUGAAGGUAAAAAGUCAAUUGAAUGUACAAAUCUAAAAGAGUGUACCUAACCAGGGAUUAAGUACAACAACCUAAAACUAGUCUUCACAUGUCACACAAAGGUCAGAAGUGUGCUCUGCUCCUGACCCUAAAAUGUCUCCGCAAGCCCAGAGGUUGGUCACCCACAGUGUGGAGCAGGUGGGCUCACAUUCCGAUGGAUGACAAUAAAAUCGCUGCCUGCCUGACAAGUAAUGGAUUAAAUUAAUGUUGGCUAGAUUAAAGGUCACAUAGCACACAGUCUUGGUUGUUAUUUUGAAAGAACAACAGACCACACAUGGCCUGGUCCUAAUGUCUAGCAGUGGCCUUUUGAACCCCGCUUGUUCCCUGCUAAUCCUACAUGGACGCAGAUUCAAAUCAAAUCCAAUUUGAUUUAUCACAGGCACCGAAUACAACAGGUGUAGACCUUACCGUGAAAUGUUUACUUACAAGCCCUUAACCAACAAUGCAGUUUUAAGAAAAUAGAGAUAAGAAAAUAUCUACUAAAUAAACUAAAGUAAAAAAUUAUAACAAAUAAAAUAAUAAUAAUAAGAAAAAAUAAGAAAAAGUAACACAAUAAAAUAACAAUAAUGAUACUAUAUACAUGGGGUACCAGUACCGAGUCAGUGUGCGAGGGACAGGUUAGUCGAGAUAAUUUGUAUAUGUAGGUAGGGGUAAAGUGACUAUGCACAGAUAAUAAACAGCGAGUAGCAGCAGUGUAAAAACAAAGGUGUCAAUGUAAAUAGUCAGUGUGGCCAUUUGAUUAAUUGAUCAGCAGUCUUAUGGACCUAGACUUGGCGCUCCGGUACCGCUUGCCGUGCGGUAGCAGAGAGAACAGUCUAUGACUUGGGUAUGAUUCCCAAGUGCAUAUCCAGAAUACUUCUCCUGUCGUCUUGAUUUAAUGAGGAGUUUUGAAGUCUUGUCUUUAUGAGAAUAAAGAGAAAGUUCCAGCACAAAAUGAAUGCUCAGAGAGAAAUUAAAUCGUGAGCAAUGGACGUGGGUACUUAGGUCACAGCGAGUGUCUUGUAUCAGUCAUUUGGCAGUUUUCGGAAAGUGAGGUAAGGUUUGCCACAAACACCCCAUCCAACUACCAUUUGGCACAGCAGUUCUAGAUGAUGAAGGGAGGGAGGGAGAUUAGAUCGUUUUGAAGUCUUUAUGAGAAUAAAGAGAAAGUUCCAGCACAAAAUGAAUGCUCAGAGAGAAAUUAAUACUUCCCCGAUUGGGAACUGAAUUAAGUACCUUCAUUUUAGAUUUGCCAUUAAAACUUUAAUCCAUUUGAUACCCUCCAGAAAUAGGACCUUAAAAUGACAAAAUGUGAAGACUGCUUUAGCUUGACAUUUCUUUCACUGGGAGCUUAUAAUUCAAAUAAGUGAAUAAUUAGUUUUAAUAAACCAUGGCUAAUAUGACUGUUUGAUAAUACACUUCAACUUAGUUUCCUGGCUUGUUCUUUCUUUCAAAAAGUCUGCAGAGCAACAGCAUACUGAAUCUUGCCAAAACUAUUUGAAAGAUAUAAAGUCUCAGUCAUUGCAUACCAAGAUGUUAUUGUGUUUCAGAACUAUUUUUAUCACCUCACAUUAUGUUGAAAAGAAAAGCCCAUAUUUAUUUGCCUUUUUCCCCUUCUCUGUUCUUCUCCCUCAGGUAUGGUUUAAGAACCGCCGUGCCAAGUGGAGGAAGAGGGAGAGGAACCAGCAGGCUGAGCUGUGUAAAAAUGGCUUCGGUGCCCAGUUCAAUGGACUAAUGCAGCCCUACGACGACAUGUACUCUGGCUAUUCUUACAACAACUGGGCCACCAAGAGUCUGGCCAGCAGCCCACUGUCAGCCAAGAGCUUCCCCUUCUUCAACUCCAUGAAUGUAAGCCCCCUGUCCUCCCAGCCCAUGUUCUCCCCCCCCAGCUCCAUCCCCUCCAUGAACAUGGCCUCCUCCAUGGUGCCCUCGGCGGUGGCCGGAGUGGCCGGCUCGGGCCUCAACAACCUGGGCAACCUCAACAAUCUCAACAGCCCCACGCUGAACUCGGUGGCGGUCACCGCCACCACCUGCCCCUAUGCCACCACCGCCAGUCCUUACAUGUACAGAGACACCUGCAACUCCAGCCUGGCCAGCCUCCGGCUCAAGGCCAAGCAGCACGCCACCUUCGCCUACCCAACAGUGCAAAACACUGUGUCCAACCUAAGCCCUUGCCAGUACGCAGUGGACCGGCCAGUAUGAAGACACCCACACCCAUCCAGCCUGCCCUGUACUCCCCAACCCCUCCUCUCAGCCACUGACCUCCUCUCCCUCUCCUCCUCCCGGUCCCUGCCAUGCUUCAUCAGUGAAUCAGAGUUAACUGCACACAUCACCAU